CUCCCACCUCACCUCGGUGUAGCUCUCUCACAAUCAUAAUUCAUAAACCUCCUGGGUAAGAGAAAUUGGAAAUUGAUCAUUCUGGAGUAAUAUGGCUUCGAUUACGUCUUUUCUGCCAACCAUGGCAUUGGGAGUCAAUCAUCUGGAGAACCUGACAGUAUAUAGAUCACUGUGUUCUAAAAGAAAGCCUUUUCACUUCAAAAUUUCUUCUCACAAGUUUACUCAGCCCGGGAAUUCAGACUUGUGGCAAGAUUCCACUACUUGGUUUCCACUUUUUGGGGAACUCAGAGCGCUUGCUGCAAGCCCCGGUAAGAAGAUGGUUUCUAACGGAUAUGUGGGCAGGGGCACCUUCAAGAAUAAAACAUACAUGAGGUUGGAUUCUUGUUUGGUUGUUCCUCCACCUGAGGGAAAGAAACCUUGUGGGAUUAUCAAAUUCUUGGGCGGGGCUUUUAUUGGGGCAGUUCCUGAAGUUACAUAUAGCCAUCUGAUUGACCUUUUGGCAAAAGAAGGCUUCCUUAUUAUCUCUGUGCCAUACAAUGUGACAUUUGAUCAUGCCCAAGCUGCCCGGGAGGUAUAUACGAGGUUCAAUGCCUGCUUGGAUAUGAUCUUAACAUCUGGAUUGCCUGAUGCUAAUCUAAAACCCAGUGAGCUUAUUUCACUACCAUUCUAUUCUGUUGGUCAUAGCAAUGGUGCUCUACUCCAAUUGCUCACUGGAAGCUAUUUCUCUGAGAAGAUACCAAAGGCUAAUGCCGUAAUCUCAUUCAACAACAAACCAGCAGCAGAGGCAGUACCAUACUUUGAGCAGUUUGGCCCACUACUUAGUCAGAUGAUGCCUAUUAUGGAAGCCUCUCCCGUAUAUUCAAUGGCUAGAAGUGCUUCAGGAGAUGCAUGGAAGUCAUUAUUUGAUGCAGCUGGAGCAAUGAUACAAGAGUAUGAUGAAGAAGUCAUGGUGUCUUUAAAUAAAUUUGUUGAUCAAGUGCCCUCAGUCAUGAAUCAGGUCACCCAGGGGAUAUCAGAGUUCAAGCCUACACCCUCUGAGAACCGUGAUUGUGUUAAGAAUUUAUACAAUGUUCCUCACACUUUACUGGUGCAAUUCAACUUGGAUGCUAUUGAUGAAACUGAUCUACUUGAAGAGAUAUUGAAGCCUCGUGUGGAGUCUAUAGGGGGAACAUUGGAAAAGGUAUCGUUGUCUGGGAAUCAUCUCACACCUUGCAUACAGGAUUUGAGAUGGGAAGUGGGUUCCGUUUACACCCCAGCAGAUGCUAUUGCUCAGGGUUUGAAAGCCCUUUCACUGAAUGACACUAGAAUGCUUGCCAAAACAAUUGCAAACUGGUUCAAAAGCCUUGAUGGGCAAUGAAAUUACAAGCUACCUACCGUUCUGCUUAAGUUUGACUGGUACCAUUUGCAAUCUUGUGCAUAG